GGCAUUCACUACCAAUGUCACUCGGAUCAGUGCCAGCCACUGAUAAGCGUCGGUCUGUCUGCACUGUCAAUGGUCAAUUGUCAGCCACCUCGCCAUUGAUUCCUCUUCGCGCGCACACCCACGAGUCAGUCCAUCUCUCUCUCUCAUGUCGACAGCAGCUGUGCCUUCUCGUAGAGCGUGUCAACCACCUGCACAGCACACAUCACACACACACCCCUCCCAUACACCCACCAGACGGACAGAGUCUCUCCCCCCGGCUGUGUGAUGUGAUUCAUGUGUGUGUGUGUGUGUGGGUGUGUCUGUCUGUCUGUGUGUCUGUGUGUCUGUCUGACCUCCGACAUGUUCUUGAUGGACGCGAGUGCGUCCUCGUAUGUCUUGCGGAGUGGCGGCUCGUCGAAGACGAUCAGCACCCCGAUGCCCUGAUCCAGGGUGCCGUGCAGCUUCUUGUCCAGGAUCAUCUCGCUGAUCCUACAAGGAAGAAGAAAGACAAGACACACACAGGCAGACAGACAGACAGAUAGGCCAUGCCAGGCCACCAGACAGACAGACAGACAGACACCCCGUCACCUCACCCCCUAGUAGGUGCCCCCCCCCCAUUGCCUUGCCGACUGCCUUACUUGGUUUGCACUCUGACAAGCGGCAAGUCGAUGAGCUUCGCAACGUGCUCUAUCUCAACACUGACACACACACACACACACACAAACACAUGCCCACCGCACCGCACACAAAUUGGAUUGGAUUGGGAGGUGAGGUGGCUGGGCGAUGUGAUGCAGUGUGAGUUGGGUUGGGUGUGUGUGUGGAGGGGACGGACCGUGAGAAGGGCUCCAGGAUGCGCAGCAGGUUCUGCUCGACGAGGGUCUCGUUGAGGUCGGUGAUGUGCCGACGCACAAUGGGGUCGUUCUCCAGCUCUGAUGCACACACAUCACAUACAGGACACACACACAGCUACGUGUGCGUGUGACAGACCGACGACCUGUUGGCCUCAUUCACUUCACGUGACUCAGGUGCGUACGUGGUUUGUAUUCUUCGAGAGUGCGUUCGAACAUCUUGAGCGACCUCUGCUCGUGGCACUUGGCCACCGCCACCAACGCCUCCGUCUCCUUGCCAACGUACUUCAACCCUAGACAAACACACACACACACACACACGGAUGCGGCACCCAUGUGGCCAGCCAGCAUGGCAUGUGGUGGGCAUCAAUCACUCACGACAGACACAACAAAUGCAUACCAUACCUACCGCUCUUGGCGCUGAUGAGUGAGUUGACCUCCCCAGCCUGGUUGCACAUGAUCUUGGCCAGCAACUGGUACUUCAACGCCUAUACACACACACACACACACACAGACACAGACACACCACACCGAUGUGUCCCUCCCUCCCUCCGUCCCCCAUACAUCAGCAGGCAGGCCAGGCCCUGACUGACCGUGAGUGCCCGUGGGUCGUCAGCGACGUUGAAGGCCUCAAAGCUCUCGUAGAAGUAGGAGAACGACGUCUUGUAGUCCUUCUCCUGAGCGUGCAGGACGCCGGCCUGCAGGUCGAUCUCGGCCUGCAGCAGGGGCGGGCAGUGGAUGCCGUUGGCGUUGGUCCGCGCCGCUGUCAAGGCCGCCUAAACACACACACACGCACAGAGAGAGAGAGAGAGAGAUGAUGGAUGGACGAGGUGGCCAGGCAGGCCAGCAGCUGCCUACGCUGCCUACUUUGCUCUUUGGGACGUUCUGCAGUGCGAAGUGUAGUUUUGAUUCGGUAAGGUGGAUCUCCACGAGGAGGUGCUUGUCGUCGAGCUUCUUGACCUCCUUGCACAACGGAUUGAUCAGCGACAAACCCAACUGAUACCGCUCCUGCUGAUAAUACCUGACACGCCCGACACAUACAAUCAUCACAGCAAACCCACACACGGAUGUGUGUGAGAGGUGAGACAGGGGGCUAUGUGGCUUGCUUACAGUCCUGCGAGGUCCUUUUGGACUCUGAGUCGGAGGAAUGUGCGCUUCUCGUCCUUGCACCACGCAAUGCAGUCCUUGCAGACCAGGAUGGCCAGGUCCUCACUCCCAGGGAUCUUCGUCACGUUGUCAAUCAGCGUCCGCACUGAACAGAAGGAAAAGAAGCACAGCACACGCAGAGCAGACACACACACAGACAGACACACAGAUACACAGACAUCACAUCACAUCAACGCCAUUAACGCACCAGUGAGUGAAGUGUGUAGUGAGUGUACCUACCGAUUUUGGCUGUCCGCGCCUUGGGCAGCGUGGCAAAGAACGGCCGGAUCUCUUUCAUCAAAUUGCGCACCUCAUCGCCCCGCCUGAAUGAACCACACACACACACACACACACACACACAAAACUCAUGACCGAACGCCACUCACUGAAUGCCUUGCAACCAAGCCUCCCCACCUUUUGGAGACGUACAGCUCCCCCAGGGCAUAGAUGGCCUGCUCCUGUAUCUUGUAUGUGUCGACGCCCUCCGCCGUGUCAUUGCCGCCACCACCUCCGGCAGCAGGUCGCUCGUCCUGCCCCUCCAUGGCCGUGUCUGUGUCUGUGUCGGUGCCACUUGCGAUGAUCUCCUUGUAGAGCUUGAUGGCCUCCUCGGGGCUGGUCACCUGGGCGUCCUGCGCACGCUCCAGCUUCUUGGCCAGCGGGUGCUCCGGCACAUCCACGUCCAUCGGGGCAGACAUGUUGUGUGUGGCCGAUGAGGGUAGAGAGCCCGCCCUGCCCUGGGCUGCUCACUGAUGCAAAGACAAAGAGACGGUGAGAGUGGUAGAUCUGCUCGCGGGACGGGCUGAUUGACGCCUGUUUGAAGUACUGACACUGACAGCGAGAUCUUCC